AUGGGAAUACAUCCAAGGUUAGGGGAACUGAGAAAGGAGAACCUCCCAUUUUUCUUGUUAUUAUGUGUGGCACUUUCUUGUGCUUUUCCUGCAGAUACAAGACAGAAGAAGGAAGAAGACAUGCAAGUUAUUGAGAAGUAUCUGGAAAAUUACUAUGGCUUUAAGAAAGAUGGGGAAUCUUUUGUUUGGAAAAAUAACAGCCCAGUGACCCAUCUGAAAGAAAUGAAGGAAUUCUUUGGGCUGGAGGUGACUGGAAUACCAGAUUCUGGCACUUUGGGCUUGGUACAGAAACGUCGCUGUGGAUUCCCUGACAUAGCUGGGUUCUCCACCUUUGCAGGAGAGCCAAAAUGGACGAAGCAAGUUCUGACAUACAGGAUAUUAAACUACACACCAGACCUGCGUCCAGCAGAUGUCAAUGCAGCAAUCAAGAAAGCAUUAAGUGUCUGGAGCUGUGUGACUCCACUGAAAUUCAUCAAGAAGGAUAGAGGUGAUGCAGACAUAAUGAUCUCCUUUGCAGCCAGAGAUAAAACUCCAAAUCACAAUAACUUCAUCCCCUUUGAUGGCCCAGGAUGGUCCCUUGCUCAUGCCUAUGCACCCAGCAAGGACAUUGGUGGAGAUGCUCACUUCGAUGAGGAUGAAACCUGGACCAAACGCAUACAGGGUACGAACCUGUUUUAUGUUGCUGCCCAUGAGUUUGGCCAUUCACUGGGAUUCUUCCAUUCCAAAGACCCCAAUGCUUUGAUGUAUCCAGUUUACAGGAAAUUUGACCCUUCAGUACUCCCUCUUCAUCAGGAUGAUAUUACUGGCAUUCAGUACCUCUAUGGACCAUCUUCUAACACAUACAAUGAUCAAAGGGAAUCUACUGAGAUAAAAGACACAAUUGAGCCAAAAGAUCCUGCACUGCCAAACACCUGUGGCCUCAAUUUAACUUUUGAUGCUGUCUCCACUUUCCGUGGAGAAAUAAUGUUUUUUAAAGACAAACAUAUUUGGUGCAAACAUCCUGCAGUCAGAACAGCUGAUUUUAAUUUAAUAUCUUCGUUCUGGCCAUGGCUGCCACCUGGUGUUGAUGAUGCAUAUGAAAUUUCUGAAGAAGAUGAAACCAUCAUUUUUAAAGGGAAUGAAUUCUGGGUUGUGAAAGGAGAUACCAUACUUCCUGGAUGCCCCAAAAAACUCUACACCCUGGGCUUUUCAAAGGAUCUUACCAAAAUUGAUGUUGCUUUUUAUAAUGAAAAUGAGGGGAAAACAUAUUACUUCAUGGUGGACAAAUUUUGGAGUUAUGAUAAAAGAAGUCACUCUAUGGAUAGAAAGUCAUUAGUCAUAAGAGAUGCCUUUCCAGCAAUUAAUGGGAAGAUUGAUGCUGUUUUUCAACAUGAAAACUUCCUUUAUUUCUUCUGUGGAAGAAAGCUAUUUGAAUUCGACAUUGAUAAAAGAGUUACACGCUUCCUAAAGACAGACUUCUGGUUUCCAUAUUAA